AUGCCUACUGCUACUAAAGGUGUGUUGGUUCAAUGCGAUCCUUCCAUUAAAGCGUUGAUUCUCCAGAUUGAUUCCAAGACACCGGGGAUUGUUAUUGAAGAGUUGGAUGAGACUCACUUAAUUAUCAAGCAAGAUCAAGUUCAAAGUAUCAAGAAUGAUUUGAACAAACUACUUUCCAAGAAUAUCUACGACCCCUUUGACGAACAAUAGUGAUACGAUGCAAUUUACUGUUUAUCGAAACGUAUGGUUUGAAAGAGACUUCAUGACUAAUACAUUUAUUACUUAAUGUUGUGCUGGUUCUUGUUCAUUUGGAGAAAUUGAUUCAGGAAGAACUUCAGCAUCAUUUUCGGGUACUUCGUUCAAUAUAUCUUCAUUGAAUUCGAUUGUAUUUUCCUUUUCAUCGUCUUCAUCGUAUAGACCCGAGACUAAUUCGUUGAUGAAGUUUAAGAGGGUAUCAACUUCCAUGAUGUCUUCGAAAGUUUUUUGAAUGGUUUGAUUUGUAUGAUUAUUUUCCAAGGUUGUG